AUGUUACUGCAGGUGAAGCAGCCGCCGAUGUCACCUUAUGCAGGAACAACAUAUAAUGGGUCGCUGUUGAUACUCUCAGUUAUCAGAGGUACCGACUACAAUGGAAUCGAUAUUAUGAUUUUGAUCUAUUUACCGCAGAGAUUCCUCUUCCGCAGGAGUGUUCUACGGUUAUGUAACGAUUGUAGCUCUUACAUCAUUUGUGGUUCUCAUCACGUCUCUGUACCAUCAGGCUUAGUCAAAGUCUUCUGUCUCUACGGAUUCAUCUUUAUCCCUGCAUUGGAAAGUAAUGUGCGAUCUCGAUUUCUUCCCUUCGCGGAUGAAGCCCAUGCCAACAGUACGCCGGAAAAAUUGUCCCCGAUGCGACUCACGCUCAGACAACAAGUCUCCUAUCAUAGACUCACCAUGUUAGUUCUCAUUAUUUACCUCUUCAUUGAUUCUUUUUCUCCAUUUGUAUACUGUAGAUGGGGAAUUGCACCAGAGAAGCAGAGAUCCUAUGUAUGA